GCUUGUUCUAUCACCAAAAACAAAAACAAAAUCUUUCCUUCAAUUCAAGGGGAAUAUAAAUUUGAGAGUUUCAUUUCUAUUGUAAGUAGCGCCAUGUCCUUGGAUAAAUCCGGUGAGGGAGAAGAGGGCAAAAAUUGUGAUUAUUUCGAUGCGUUUGCCCGUCUAGAGAUGCAGGAAUUACUUCUCAAGGAUUCGGUGCGAAUGCUGGCUUAUCGCAAAGCCAUCUGGAGCAACAAAAAGCUCUUCAAAGACAAGAUUGUAAUGGAUGUGGGUUGUGGCACGGGAAUAUUAGCGCUCUUUGCAGCCGAGGCAGGAGCCAGUAAGGUUAUAGCCGUGGAAUGUUCAGGUUUGGCGGAAACGGCCAAGGAAGUGGUAAAGGCAAAUAAUAAAGAGAAUAUAGUGAUGGUCGUCAAGGGAACAAUUGAGGAAAUGGAACUGCCCAAGGAGAUCAAACAAGUGGACCUCAUAAUGGCCGAGUGGAUGGGUCAUGGACUCUAUAUGGAGUCCAUGUUUCAUUCCGUGUUGCAGGCUCGUGACAAGUGGCUCAAACCUGGUGGCCAUAUUUUACCCAAUUUGGCCAAGCUCUAUGUGGCUGGAAUAACCGAUCGUCAUUAUGCUACUAAUCUAAACUUCUGGAACAACGUGGAGGGCUUUGACAUGACCAGCAUUAGACGAACAGUGGCCCAUGAAGCUGUGGUGGACUGUGUGACCAUACAGCAACUGAUGACCGAGGAGUGUCAUGUCCACACGCAGGACAUGAAUACGGCCAAGAAUGAAACGCUUAACUUUCACUCCAACUUGCGUUUGAAAGUGCUGAAAACUGGUGUUAUUGAUGCCAUCGUUGUCUACUUUGAUGUAUCUUUUCUGGUUAGUGAGAUGACCGAGUCCACUGCGGGUUUCUCUACAUCGCCAAAGGCUCCGUGGACCCAUUGGGAACAGACCCUAUUGCAUCUGGAUAAGCCACUGCAUGUGGCAAGUCAAGAGAUAGUCACCGGUGUUUUUGGUGUAGUGCCCAGCGCUAAUGAGCCACAUGGCCAGAAUUUUGAGUUGGCCAUUAAUUUUAAGGGAUCUCUGGGCACAAUGGAAAGCUUUAAGAUCUUUACCAACAAUCAAAAUCCGUUGCCAUAAAUGGAAAAUCGUUAAAAUUCUGCCAUUAAAAUAAAGUCAAACUUAGAAAGUGGACCAAAAGCGCCAAAUGGGCGGAGAGAGAGAGAGAGAGAGAGGGUCGGUCCAUUAAUGUAAAAUGUGAAAAUGUCUCUGUCUAA